AGCGAUUCGGCCAGCACCGCCAGCCGAGAGCGCCGCCGCCGCUGCGACCAGCCGCUCGCCGUCUCUGCGCCACCGCUGCCUACCGGUGCCCGCCCGCUGGUACCCGCCCGGCGCGCCCCCCACCACCGCUACCACCGCCGCCCCCCGCCACCCGGUCUGCGAGCGCCCCCCGCUCCGGCCUCCUUGAGGGGGGUCCCCCGGCCGGACCGUGAGCCUCGUCUUCUGCCGCUUCGGCCGCCCGCAUCUCCUCCGCCGCCUGCCUGGCAUGAAGACCAAGUUCUGCAACGGGGGCGAGGCGGAGCCCUCACCGCUCGGGCUGCUGCUAGGCUGCGGCAGCGGCAGCACGACCCCCGCGCCCGGCGUGGGGCAGCAGCGCGACGCCGCCAGCGACCUGGAGCCCAAGCAGCUGGGCGCCCGGCAGCCUCGGCUCGCGCUGCCCGCGCCGCCGCCCCCGCCGCUGCCACUGCUCCCGCCGCCGCCGCCGCCACCACCGCCAGCCGAAGAGCAACCGGAGCCCCGGACGCGGCGUAGGGCCUAUCUGUGGUGCAAGGAGUUCCUGCCCGGAGCCUGGCGGGGCCUUCGCGAGGACCAGUUUCACAUCAGUGUCAUCAGGGGUGGCCUCAGUAACAUGCUGUUCCAGUGCUCCUUGCCCGACACUGUGGCCACCGUUGGUGACGAGCCCCGGAAGGUGCUGCUGCGGCUGUACGGGGCGAUUUUGAAGAUGAGGUCCUGUAAUAAGGAGGGAUCCGAACAAGCUCAGAAUGAAAAUGAAUUUCAAGGAGCCGAGGCGAUGGUUCUGGAGAGCGUGAUGUUCGCCAUCCUCGCGGAGAGGUCGCUGGGGCCGAAGCUGUACGGCAUCUUCCCGCAGGGCCGCCUGGAGCAGUUCAUCCCGAGCCGGCGACUAGACACCCAAGAGUUAAGUUUGCCGGCUAUUUCUGCAGAAAUCGCCGAGAAAAUGGCCACAUUUCACGGGAUGAAAAUGCCAUUCAAUAAGGAACCGAAAUGGCUUUUUGGAACGAUGGAAAAAUACUUAAACCAGGCGCUGAGAAUCAAGUUUCCCGGGGAAGCCAAAAUGAAGCAGCUCCACAGACUCCUCAGGUACAACCUGCCUCUGGAGCUGAAGAACCUGCGGUCCUUGCUGGAGUCCACUCCGUCCCCGGUCGUGUUCUGUCACAACGACUGUCAGGAAGGUAACAUCUUACUGCUGGAAGGGAGGGAGAAGUCCGAGAAUCAGAAACUGAUGCUCAUCGACUUCGAGUACAGCAGCUACAACUACAGGGGAUUCGACAUCGGGAACCAUUUCUGCGAGUGGAUGUACGACUACACCUACGAGAAGUACCCCUUCUUCAGAGCGAACACCCUGCAGUUCCCCACGAGGAGGCAGCAGCUCCAUUUUAUUUCCAGUUACUUGGCCGCAUUCCCAAAUGAAUCUGAAAACCUCAGUAACGAAGAAAAGGCCGCUAUGGAAGAAGAAAUGCUGAUUGAAGUCAAUAGGUUUGCCCUUGCGUCCCAUUUCUUCUGGGGACUUUGGUCCAUCAUACAGGCCAAGAUCUCAUCCAUUGAAUUUGGAUACAUGGAAUACGCCCAAGCGCGGUUUGACGCCUAUUUCGACCAGAAGAGGAAGCUGGGGGUGUGACGGCCAGGAGGACUUCCUACACUCCACCCCGGGCCGCGCGGGGCGGCCGGGCCGACAGGCCUCCACUGCGACUGCGGUCCCUGCGGCCAGGAGCCUGGGCGUCUCGCUGCCGCACACAGAUGUGUAUGAUACGAAAGACUGUAUUAAAAUUGAGUAACAUUUAUUUCAUAUCUCGUCCUACGAUUUCACUAGGCCUCUGACAGGAGCUCGGCAGCAGACACACAGUGCGAUAGUGCAAUAGUGCGGUAGCUCGGGGCCCUGCCGCCCGGGACGGGGGCGGGCCCGGGCCCGCCGGCGUGCGAGCGCGCUGCUCCUGGCUAACGAUGGCCUCUGCGGGACUCGAAGGGGCCUGCUGCUGAGCACUGAGCCGGCCUCUGUAGGAAGCCACGUGUGCAGACCUUGUCACUCCCAAGGGUGGCGGGGCACGGACGGACAGUGAUGCUGCUGGGCCCCCCCCCCCGCCCCAGUCUCUGGAAGCUGCUCUUUCACCCUUUGGUCCAAUGGCAGACCCUCGAGACCACGGCCCACGCACGACAGGUGCAGGCUGCCGUCUCCAUGCUGUGAAGGUCGUGCCCAGGGCCCGGGGCGAGCUCCGUGGUGCCAGCGCCUCGGUCCCUCUGCCAUGCCCCCUCCCCACUGGAUGUGCUUUACCGACCCCGGCCUUAGCCCGAGGCUGGGGCGGGGCUGUGCAGACAGCCACCCCCCCCACCCCCACACCGGUCUGCCUUCCCUGAGCAGAGGAGGGCUCCGUCUCCCGCCCUGCAGCCUUUUCUCCCCCAAGACUCUGUCCACCCUGGAGCUGGCCGUCGUGUGGCAGGGCUGGCUGCCCCCGGGGCCCUGGCACCUUGGUGUGCCCCACGGGGAGCCGGAAACCUCAGCCGGGGCCCCGGGCGGCCGGGGUCCCUGCCCUCACCCUGACACCCCGACAUCGUCCCGGUGGGAACCAGCAGCCUGUGACCCGAGGGGGCGUGGAUAGCGUGUAGCUGUGAAAUUCAUUCAUGUUAACUGUCCUUGGGAUAAAUGCCUUUUUUAAAAAACCUGAAAUCUUAUUUGAAUUGUUCUGUGCAUACGUUUCUGCCACCACAGAGAUUGUACUAUACGAUCAGUGGAAAAAUAAAAACCAUCGUCAGCUGUCA